AUGGAAGUCAACCCCUUAAACAUAUUUUUUGUGAAGUCGGACAGUAAAGGUGACAGGUUAUUGUUUAGAUACCCUUACACGUCGGAAAAUAAAGAUGAAAACAAACAGAAGAAAUGCGGCCGUCACAACCCGUACGCAAUUAAUUCUACUGAAGAUCUGUUGCAAAAUCCACAGUCCCAAACCUCGAAUAUAUGCAAAGGUCAGCUAAGUGGUUUCACAGAUGAAAUGCUUUCAACUUUGUUUGCUGUAAAAGCUGAAUUAUGCAAUAGAAAGUUUGAGCUUAAAGUGAACGAUGUGAGGUUUGUGGGGCACCCAACACUUCUGCCUUACAGAACAAAUAAAGAUGAUACAGCAGCUAUGAUACUUAUAAACAUUGUUUUUGCAUUGCAAGCAUCAGCAAGUCAUUCAAUUGUCAAGUGCUAUUAUGAUUUGAGCAAAAGGUUGGGUAAAGCCUUGAGACAUGAAGAAAAAAGGUGUUCAUAUUUGACUGAAGAAAUGAAAAUAAUGUUAGCUGCACAUGACGAGGUUUCAGCACUUGAUAGUGAAAUAAAUUCAGGGGAAAAUGAUGAAGAAGAGGAAAACUUACGCCACUCUGUGAGCUCAACAACUUAUGGUACCGAAAUCUGUGAAAAUGGUGCCACUCCUAAAUCGGCCUUUCACCUAAUACUGCAGAGAAGCUCACUGGCAAGAUCCAUGAAAGCUGUGUUUGAAGGUCUCAGUUCCACAGGUAUUGUACAAGUCCGAAUAAACAAAUGGGUGCUCCUAUCCUUUUGCUUACCUCACAAAGCUCAUCAGAUUCAUAACAGAGGUUUAAUAAUUGAACCAGAAACCAUUGACAAAUGUCUGCAGAAACUCAGACCCUAUCAUGGAAUGCUUCUGUUGGUUGAUCCAAAUUAUCUACUAGCAUCUAUUCCUCUUGAUGGAAGUCCGGCCUUAUUAAGAUUGAUCAAGCUUUACAGUCCGCUAAAAAGCCUUCAGACGCUUGCUAUUGAAGCAGACCUAUCUUUUACACAGGUAUCACAGCUAACUGGACAUCUUGUGUAUUGGGCAAAGGCGACUGUCAUCUAUCCGCUUUGUGAGGGCAACGUCUAUGUAGUGGCCCCUGGGGCUAAUGUUCAUAUACACUCACCUUUGUUAGAAGAGUUUACGAAGGAAUUUCCUGGGCUUUGUUUGUUGCAAAUGCUCAGUGAAUUCUCUCUCCCAGCUCCACUGUGGUACCUACACACAUAUGUGCAAUUCAAUUCACCGCAUUGGGGCCGGGAUCCGGAUGGCAAAGAGUACUACUGCGAGAAACACGACAUUUACAACCAAUCGUGCAACGUCUCUUUCUCCUCACUGAAUCAAUUGCACCUCAAUGUUCCGGAACCGGUUGAGGCAAGGGAAAGCACUAACGCGUUCCCAGAUUCCGACGAGGACUACCCUACUGAAAACAAUUUGAAUCAGACAGAUUUUUCUCAUACACAACCAAUUGUGAUUGAGUCAGAUCAUCCAAAGUACGAAAAGUUCCACGAAGUAGACUCAGCUAAUCAUUCGUUUGACGAUGGCGUAGACGUAGUUGAUGGUAUGAGCAAACCUAAUGAUAUUAACAGCAAUGAUUAUGAUAAAAGUGAUCAGAAAAAGCAAGGUAAUUCUGUUGAUAGUGGCAUAUCGAAUAAUAUAAAUGGUACUAAUAAUAAUGUUGUCAGUGAGAAGACCAAGUUACAUGUCAAUGGGCGUAUAGAGAUGGUUAAUGGAGAAAGGGAAAGCGUUGAAAAAUCAAUGAGCACGGUAACAUCUCGAUUAUCAGAUACAUCGCUGAAAGACACUGAUGUAUCGAAUAAUGAUGAAGACACACUCGACGGUGGUGAUAUAUCGCCGCGACUGAAGAACAGUAAUGGGCUGGUCAACGGUAAUGAGAAAAAGAAUGGAGUAUCACUAAAUCUGAAGUUACAAAGUGAAAUGUGUUUCCAGGCGGCGACGGUGUGCGUGGCGGCUGGAGCGGGUGCGGGCGCGGGUGGCGGGUGCGCGGCGCGCGCGUCGCCGCUGCUCGCUUUCUCGGGUGCCGAGCGCGCCGCGCUGGCCGCGCUGCCCGCCGCCGCGCACCCCGAUGACCUGCUGCUGCUGGCGCGCCUGCACAACAAGGGUCAGCAUCAGUAUGUCUCGCGCGCAUAA